AUACAAGCACAAGACCCAUGUUGUUGAUAAUGUUGGAAACGUUAUAUCCAAUGCUGAUGUGAAUUAUCUCUUGGUUGGUCCUAUCUUAAGUUACAAUUAACUUUUGUAUCACUUUAACUGUAUGUUUAACAUUGCCUAUAGCAGCUAAGCCAAUCCGAUAGGUGCAACUGAUAUAGAACAGGGAAAUUAGGAAAGAAUUUGUAUUGCUAUUUGUUCUCUGGUUAAAGCAACCAGAGAUGAAUACACUGCAGAAGGUGAAUUAUUUUAUUUAGAGUCAUAUUUUCUCUCAUAACAAGAAACUAGUCUAUUCCUAACCAACUCUUCUAAUUGCUCUACUUUUUAUUUAUAUGAGAUGGUUGCAAUGUAGUUAGUUCUCCCCUCGUAACCCUUCCUAUUGUGACCCCUCACAUAGACUCUUCAUUAUUGAGUUUUUAUCAGAAUCCUUUGUAUGAAUAAGGAUUCAGGGGGAUCGUAUGAUUCUUAUCAUGCAUUGAAUUGAAGCCUUGUUUGCUUCUGGCAGGAGUAAGUUGUUGUUUGCUAAAAAAAAUAGCUUGGAUUUAAUUGCAGCUUUAAGAUGAUGUCUUAAGAAACCAAUGUAUUUCUUAGGAGUUUUGGGUUAUGUAGUUUUUGAUUUAUUGGUGGCUUCUUCAUAUUCUUUUGAUGUGUGAAUAUUGUUUUUUAUAUGUUGUGUAGUUUCAAGUGAUUUUCCUAUGUUAAGAGAAAUCAAAGAAGGUAACUUAAAUUUGGCAUGCAAGAAAGGGACUAUUGUGGAAAAGCUGAACGAAGAAGUAGCCAAGGAUGGUCAGCAUCUAAGGCAUUUAAAUGGCAUAUGUGAAGACUGUACAUAGCUUCCUUCGUGAAAGUCCGGACCAUGUAAAAUCUUACAUAGCCAGUUUGUACCCUGAAGGUCAUAUUUUAAGAAGCAUAUAUGCCAUUUUCAGAGUUGCAAGUGCUCCUCUAAUGUCGAGUGACCUACUACAAGAAUUCCCAAAUUUGUGUUUGGCCAUUUGGACUACCACUCCAAGGACUAUUCCUGCCAAUGCAGGCUGAGAUCUCGAGUUGCUAGCUGUGAAUGUCUACGCUAUCACAAGGUACAUGUUCGGUUGUAAACAUAUGAAGCGAGACCUGCUGCGUAGAGUGGUCUGGGAAUUAGAGCUGCUAUCAUGAUUUCUUUCUGAGAUGCUUAGUCUGUCUGCCUAGGGACAUAAUG